AUGGACGAUCAACCCGGUCUCGGUCCGUACGAUGCACCCAUACCCGAAUCCCCACCCGACUCUCCGACCCAGCUGCAUCGCCAACCCAACACGCCUCUGAAACCGCCUCCGCUGCCUCCUCGACCCGCACCAACUGGCCGCUCGUCAAGUCCUUUAUUGCCUUCCCCUCCCGCUUCCGGUUCAGGAUCGGUAUGGAAUCGUAUGAGGAGCGUCACUUUCAAUGGGUGGAACAGCAUUUCGUCCACGACGACGACGACUUCGCCUACUUCUACACCGCCCGAGAAGGCCGUGUCGAGCUCAUCGGCGAUCAUUCGGGUCAGUCUGGCCUUCGCGUUCCAAUCGAUUCAGCUCGAGUGCGAUGGCCACGUCACGCGAUCAGGCCCGAGCAUCAUUCGACACUAACAUUUGGUGUAUCGCAUCCCCCCUUCCUCUUCUUCGACCAUAGACCUCGAAUGAUGGUGAGGAGUGACAUCUUGAUUUGUUCUACGUGUCAGAACGCCUGCGCUGACCGUACCUAUCUCCACUCACUCCUGUCCUCACCCGACUCGUCGGUGUCUCGCCGUCCGAUACCUGGACCACGACCGCACACCAAACAGAAGAACUCGACGACGAGGACCUGCAAGCCCUCGAACAAGUCCAAGCGACCCUCCUUUCCCUCGGCAUCGACCCGACCAUAAACCAAAUCCGACGCCAAGACGAUGCCCUCCAACUCAAAGGGGAAGCCCUCGCCGCUCUCACGAUCCCCACCAAUCAAGUCGAUGGGGAAUGGCUCGAACGUGUGAGAUCGAGAUCGAGAGACGUUUCGAUCAGUGGGGAGGACGAGAGACGAUGGUCGGCCGAAUCGUGGAUCGGGAGAGGGGGCGAUUUGCUCAGUCCUGUUUUGGAUGAGCCACCGAAUGGGAGCGUGGUCGCGAGAGGGCAUGGGUUUGGACGGGAGGAUGAUGGACAGGCUUCAGGAAUGGUGAUGGGGGACGACGAGGCGCAGGAGCCGCAGGAGCCGCCGGUCGGCGUCGUCGAGCAAGAUGGGGGAGGAAAGAAAAUCGAAGAACCUGCUCAAGCCGCCGAGCAGGAUUCUGAACAGGUCAAAGAAACCGUCGCUAGUGAAGAAACAUCCGAGGAGACUCAGGCAGAAGACCCCGCGGUCGUCGUCACUGAAGCAGCCGAACCGACCACUGCUGAGGCGAUUGAACCGACCAGGGACCAAGCCGGAAAUGGCGAGGAGUCUGAGCCCAAGAGUUUGAUCGAACAGACUCGAGCGGAAGGCACCGAAGAAGAGGACAGGACGACCGAGCCGGCAUCCGAGGUGGCCAAGGCCACGGGCGAUCAAAACGGUCGUAACCCGAAACCGAUUAAAACGGCACCCCCGAAACGACCCCGACGAACGCCUCGAAUCGGCACCCCAACCAGCGAUGCCGACUCACCCUCGACUCCAAAGGCAAGUGACGACGAAACGGAUUCACCUUCGAAGGACCAAUCGCCGCGGUGA